ACCAAAGUAAAAGACCUCAUUGAUGCAUUCCCGAGGACUAAUUCGGAAGACCAUGAUAUACUGGGUAUGGCUGAGAGCAUAAGGGGACAGUAUAAAAAGGCCUGUGCUCUAUUAAAGAUAUCUUCAACAAAUCCCUAUGAUGCAGGAGUCUCAUUUUGAGGAUUCUAAAUCAUCCAUGAAUACAAGAAUUUUGAAAAUCCGCAACCAUAUAGACUGUAUAACAAAAUAUUUGACUCCGCUCCUGCCUAUAGCCAACUGUCACAUGGUGGAGUUUCUUACUCAGAACCACUGGGACAAACUUCUACCUGUACCAUUGAGAGACACCCUGAAUGGUCUACAGCUAAACGAGGCAUUGGAACAGUUCUGGACUGCAGCUGCAAGUAAAGAAAUAAAAGAUAACUCGAUUCUAUCUAACUGGAUCCACACAGCUCGUUCCCACUGUGUGUCAGUCAACAAUGACUACUGCUUGUCCGCUGAACAGCUGCGGGAACGCAUCAGGGCAUGGGGCGGAGAGAUACAACCGGAGAUCAGGGUCAAGGAGUUUAUGACCAGCAAGAAGAGCUAUGAGGUACAAACCAUGUCCCCGCUAGUAGCGUCUCUCCACGCGGCAUCAGGUGCACACUGCUGCGUAGAGGCGGGCGGUGGGCGCGGCCAGUUGCCCGUGGCGCUGUGCCUGGCGUACUCGGUGCCCAGUCUGACGCUCGACUGCGAUGCUCAGGCUGUCGCCGCUGCGCCACACAGGAUUAGGAUUAUACAGAAACAAUGGCAUGCAAUAGCGAAACGUAUAAAGAACGGGAUAGAAGAGCGCAUAGACGAGGGUAUAAAUAAGAACCUGCACAGAUUCGCCGCCGCCUACAUCACGGAGCACACCGACAUUGCAAGCAUCGUUAGAGACAAGUUCCCUGAGUUUGUAGACCGAGAUGUCAAACUGCUUCUCACAGGUCUCCACACAUGUGGUAACCUAGGCCCGGAUUCCCUGCGCAUCUUUGUGCAGCAGUCCAGCACUGCUGCAGUCUUCAACGUGCCAUGUUGCUACCACCUGCUCACUGAGGCAGUCGACGGCCAGCUGUUCGAUGUCUUCCAGAGAGACUAUGGAGGGGAGGACACUAGGCAAGGGUUCCCCAUGUCGGAGUAUAUGAGAGGGUAUAACCUGGGCAGGAACGCGCGGAUGUUAGCCGCUCAGUCGAUAGACAGGGUUGUCAACGAGCGACAGUUGCCGUCCACCAGCUUACUAUACAGAGCCUUAUUACAGGAUAUAAUCCAAAAGAAACUACCAAACCACAAGAUAUCAGAAGGUAAACUUAAAAGAAUAACACCAAAAUGUCAAACAUUCCAACAGUACUUCAAAAUGGCGGACGAGAUUUUAAAAUUGGAACUCUAUGACAGUUUGCCUGAUAGCUUUUUCACAGAUAUACAAAACAAAAUGGAUUGCCAGUGGAAAAAACUCGUGUUGUUUUAUUUAGUUAGGUUAUGUUUAGCUCAAGUAGUUGAGAGUUUAAUUUUAUUAGAUAGAUUGUUGUUUUUAUUUGAAAAUGGGUUUGAUAAUGUUUAUUUGGUGAAGUUGUUUGAUCCUGUCUUGUCCCCAAGAUGUCAUAGUAUUGUUGCUGUAAGAUAGAAUCGUGUCUAUUGAUUAUGUUGUUAACACGGGAAUAGUAAUAAUGAUAAGAUUUUAAGUAAGUAUAUUUAUAAUGUAAUAAAUUAAUAUUAAAUAAGUUUUAUA